UAUAAGAGCUGUGGCUGGACCUCUUCUCCCUGCAGGUGCAGAUCUUUUUUGAUCAGACUAAACUUUCAGAAGACGCACAGAAAUCUCGAGAGGCAUGGCAUUCCACUCAAACGUGAUCAACUCCCAGCCGGCCACCGUUACUCAGUACACCGUGUCUUCUUCUAAGUCAGACUGGAGCACAAACGUCUGCGACUGUUGUGACGACUGUGGCAUUUGUCUUUGUGCAACGUUUGUUCCUUGUAUUCUGGGCUGUAAGGUGGCUCAGGACAACGGAGAGAGCUGCUGUCUGCCUUUCCUUCCGGGCGCCAUGAUUGCUCUGAGGACAAGUGUCCGUAGCAAAUACAACAUUGGUGGCUCGGUGUGUGAGGAUUGGGUAAUCAUGGGCUGCCUGCCACUAUGUGGACUCUGUCAGAUGGCACGAGAGCAGAAGAUGAGAGGAUAGAGAGACCGGGUGCUGAAUGCUGCAUUUUUCAAAUUACAAAGCAAGAUGACACGUGGAUUUAAAAAAAUAUAUUCUUAAGUCUAUUAAUGGUUAUAGUAGUUUCAAUUUUACAUUCACUGGCAUGUCAAUGGUGUUGCUAAAGAACAGAGAAUAAUGGCCUAAAAUGUGAGCUUAGCCGAAAUCUUGUUUUAGUUAGAAUUUCAUACAAUUAAAGUAUGUGACAGUAUGGCACUGAACUAUUUGGGAUGUGAGCAUAGAUUAAAAACUAGGAUAAAUAAAUUCAGAUUUAUGUUACUGACUAAAUAAUUUACUGUGCUCACAUCCAUGUCAUGCCAAAAACCUUUAAAGAAGUAAUUUUGAAGCUAGAGUAACUUGUAGUAAAUCAAUAUAUUGCUGACAUAAAAGGAAUAUAAAAAAAUGAUUUAUUUAGGAAUGUAUUGAUCAUUUAAUAAUGUAAUCUAAUGUGUGUCAUGUAUGCAUUACAUAUUGUAUUAUGUCUUUUGUGUGUGUCCACAAGCAUACAAU